GCCACUAAACCGUUUCAAGACUGAAGACAGCUGGAUUCUAACGCGAAGGACGGUCUUGUGCUAAAGGUGAAACGAACAAUAACCAACAAGCUUGUUGGCUAUUAUCAUAGCCAGCUAGCUAUCUGGAAAGCUAGUCAGCAAGUCACGUUGACAAACCAUUGUUGACAAACCAAUAUAAGAAGCAACCUGAUUUACGAGUACCUGUGUGUUAUCAUAGCUAGGUACAUUAUUUAUGUCAUAUAGAAAGAAUCUCGGUAGUAUAGCUAGCCGUUAGCUAGCUUGUAUAGCUAGUCUGUGUAGACUACAUAAAUUCUGUAGACUGGAUUCUGUAGAAACAGCUAGCUAAGAAGCCAGAAAUGCUAGCUGGCUAACAAAACGCUUCCUGCCACAGCUGGUUUGCUAGGUAUUUUCACAUACUGUUCGAACAUGGUUGUCUGACUGAAGCCAGCAUUAGCUGCUAACGAUUCAUGCAUAUUGCAUGCAGCCAGCUAGCAACAUCGGUCAGCUAGCUAGCUUGUUGCGUCUGCACAUCACGGUGCCCUGGUUGUAGUUAGAUAACUAGUCAGCUAGCUAAUGAGAAUGCGUACAUGACAGGUUUCAUCAAGUAACGUUGAACCUAACAGUCGUAGACUAAUGAGUCGUCGCCAAACUGCAGACAUGAGAGGACAAGCAAGGACUGGUGUUUAUCUACUUUAUUUAGCAAGUUCGCUGGCUGGGUAACUAGUCACUAAAUUAAUACAGUUUAAAUAAAGUCAAAUAAGGACUCAAUGUUAUCCAGCUUGCAGAAUUGUCCUCUCCUUGUGCGAAGCCACCAGCCAACAUUAAGGAUGGGUCAGCCGAAUCAAGAAGAAUGAAUCCUAUGUCUGUAGUCGCUGAUUACAUUCCUCCCAGCCAUAUGGAUCGUUAGGAGUACAAAGGGGGACGGAGAAGACCAGUCGUUGGGGCGGAGUAUUUGACAUUUGAACUAAAUCACAUUAACUUUGAUGCGCUAGCUAUCCAUCAUAGCGGCGUCCUGCAGUUUUCAUCUGGGUCACCUGUAUGCCAUGGUGGACAUCGGAACAAAGCUGUUAUCACGGUCCGGGGAUGGGGGAGCCCCGGGCGCCGUGGUCGCCGCUGUCUCUCCCCGAAAUUCCUCCUUGACAGUCAGCCCCACGCCUGACGCCGACUACCGCGGGUGCAAGAACGGCGCGUUGAUGGACUCCUUCGGAAUCUUCCUGCAGGGGCUGCUCGCGGUUGUGGCCUUCAGCACGCUGAUGUUGAAGCGCUUCAGGGAGCCCAAACACGAGAGAAGACCCUGGAGGAUAUGGUUCCUGGACACCUCCAAACAGGCCAUUGGGAUGCUGUUCAUUCACUUCGCCAACGUCUACCUGUCUGAUCUCACUGAGGAGGACCCCUGCUCCCUGUACCUCAUUAACUUCCUGUUGGACGCGUCUCUGGGCAUGCUCCUGAUCUAUGCGGGGGUGCGAGCCGUCAGCGUGGUGGUGGAGUGGCGGCAGUGGGACUCUCUACGUUUCGGGGAGUAUGGAGAGCCGGUGCAGUGCAGUGCCUGGGCAGGGCAGUGUGCCCUCUACAUCCUCAUUAUGAUGUUUGAGAAGGUCCUCAUUAUCCUGGUCCUGCUCAUCCCACAGUGGAAACAGCUUGCCCUUCUUAACCCUAUAGAGAACCCAGAGCUGGAGCUGGCCAUCGUCAUGCUCAUCGUCCCCUUCUUCGUCAAUGCUCUCAUGUUCUGGGUGGUGGACAACUUCCUGAUGAGGAAGAGCAGAACGAAAGCCAAGCUGGAGGAGAGGGAGGGCGGGGACAGCUCCCGCGACAACAGCAAGGUGCGCUACAGGAGGGCACUCUCCCAUGAGGAGUCGGAGUCCGAGAUCCUGAUCUCGGCUGAUGAUGAGAUGGACGAGUCAGAUGUGGAGGAGGACAUGCGCAGACUGACUAACCUCAAGCCCAUUAAGAAGAAGAAGCACCGUCUUGGACUUCCUCCUGAUGAGGAAGAGAUGAAGAUGAAGAGGCCUAUGAUGAAAGAGGAGGACCUGAAAGGAGCUCGAGACCAACUGGGGUCAAAGGGGGAAGUGAAGAGCAAGACCUUCGAAGUCAUGGAGGAGUGUGAGCGCGUGGGAAAGGUGGCUCCCUCCGUGUUCAGCAGUGUGCGGUCUGGGUCAGAGACGGCCUUCAGCAAGCCACCAGCCAACGUGCGCAGGAAGUAGUGCCGCGGAGACGAUGCGGCGGCCGCGCCGCUGUCUUCAGUGAGAUGAUGGACUGACGGACGGACAGACUGAGGAGACUGACAGAGGACUUUGUCUAACUCCGUUGGAAUGGUAUUUCAAGCACUGAGUACUGGAGUGUGUGCGCAUGUGUGUGAAGGGCUGUGUGCCAGCCAGUAUGUGGUGUGCAUGUUUAGCUUAAUUCUUCUGUUGCUUGCUGAAGUCUGUCUGUGUGACAAUUCAGGUUCACCAAACAUCAAACUCUUGUGUGAUACUUAGCAGAGAUGGAGCAGGGCUGCAGUACAGACAUAAGCCUGUAGACAUGUGACCAAGAGUACAUUAUACUCUGGAGUAGACUCUGUAAAAGGGAUCUAAUCAUGACAGAGGUGUGGCCGAUUUUAUAUAGUACAAAAACAAAAAUGGCAUCCCAACCGAGGGUACUUCAGGGUACUUAAUGUCAUAUUAAUCAUUAAUUAAUUAAUUCAUUGUUCUGUGGAACUCUCUUUCAAGAACUUUAUCUUUUCUAUAUUCGGGCUUAAAUGCUGUGCCUUAGAUGCUUUACCAGCAUUUGAGUAUGUUAAGUGAGUGCCUUUCUCUGAGUGUGUCAUCCAUUAGCCAAAGUCCUCUAGAGUGGCCUGUUAACUGAAUUGUGCACUUCAGUCUCCAUUGUUGAAAUGUUCAUGCUUUUUAUAUGCUCGUUUGCGAAU